AUGCCGAGCUUUCCGUGUGACGAGUGCAAGGAGACCUUCUCCAACACGGUGCUGUUGAAGCGACACAAGCUCUCUGGGCAGUGCAAAGGUCACAUCAAGGCCUUGGAGGAAGAGAAGGCCCGCCGCAACAGGCCCCUCUACAAUUUUGACUUCUUCAAUGAUGGCAAGCCGGCGCCGCUGGACGUGAAGCUUCUGCGCCACCCGGGCGUUGCAGGAGUACACCAUUCUGCCGGCGGCCUCGGUGUGUUGCCUCUCCAUGCUCACGAGCGAGCGUGCUCGUCAUGCAAGCCGCUCACUUCCAGUUCCCUUUUGUGGCACAUGAUUAUGAGUCGCACGCUCAGCGCUAUUGUGAUCUUCCUUAACCAUACGCCAGUCGAACGUAGGCGCGUACAAUCAGCCAUGACGCUGGCACCGAGACCAGGAGCCUUUAUGUUUCCUUUAUACCAUGGAGAUGGAUCAGGUACUAGAUCUUAUACAUUGACGUUAUUGUCAUGCGGUGCACAAAACAUCGUGAGGCGCUCCGGGGAGCACGGGGCGGCGGUGCUGAAGAGCCUGGGUGCGGUGAUUGCCAUGGAUGUGCUGCUGAACAACUUUGAUCGCACGCCCUUUGUGUGGUCACACGAAGGAAACGCCAACAACAUCAUGUUCGCCAGAGACAGCCCCACCGCCUUUGCUAUCGACAACACAUCCGCCGCAAUCACCGACGACGAAGGCCGCGAGGCUUAUUGCAGCAAAGUGACGACGGCAGUCAAAGAGGCCAUCAACCAGACAAAUGGACCCCACAUCAAGGCGGUCGUUACCUUCCUUGAGACGUGGACUGGUCUGACGCUCACGGACGAGCAGCGCAUGGCCAUCCAGACUGGCCUUGUGGAAGCAUGCGAGCGCAUCUCCAAGCAACUCGACGUCACCGCAGCGUGGCAGAGCAUGAUGCAGGUGUUCUCUGAGGAGACGUCCAUCGGCGCUGCCAACACCGAUGCAAUCAACCUCUCCUUCAUCCAGCAGGUGCAGGCCGCCGUCACCGCCGGCCUCGAGGCAGACCUCUGAUACCACAUGCUGCUGCUGCUGCUUCUCCUUCCUGUCUUCUCUUCACUUCACUUGCUUCCAUGCUCGCUCGCUGCCACGCCACGCC